CCCAGCUCUUUGUGGUCCCCUCUGGCAGCCCCUCACGAGGGGCACGUGGUCACCGAAACGCAACUUGCGGCUUUGCUGGACUCGGCGCUAAACAACGGGCCCCAUAACGUGCUGCUGCUACUUCAGGACAAACUCAGCGUUGAGGAUUUCACCGCCUACGGAGGGGUUUUUGGCAACAAGCCAGACAGCGCCUUCCCCAAUCUGGAGAACGCCUUGGCCGCGGCUCCGUCUUCCUUGGUGCUGCCUUCAGUCGACUGGUUCGCCGCCGACGCCGUCCCCGCUUUCUUGAAAGCCAAGCUGGGCAUCGCGCCCCUCCACGUGGCUCAGAACACCCUGCAGCAGCUGAAGCUCAACGCCAGCCUCCCCGCCCUGCUGUUGGUACGGCUGCCGUACACUACCGGAACCGGGUUCGAUUCCCCACUGAUGGCACCAAAGGAAGUUCUCACCAGCAACGAUGAGAUCCUGGGGCAGGUUCUGAGCGCCCUCCAGUCGGAGGACAUCCCCUACACAGCCAUCCUCACGGCGCUGCGGCCCUCGCGGGUUGCCCGGGACGUCUCUGACUUGGCCCCCGAGAAGGUGGGUCGGCAGCUGCUCCAGAAGGACGAGACGCUUUCCCCACUUCAGUACCCAAAAACCGGGACCCCCCAAAUGCUCUUCUGGGCCAGCAACUUCUCCGUGGCCUUCAAUGACACGUGGCACGAACUCACAAAUCUCACAUUUGGGAACAACACCUCCGUCAACGUGGACGGUUCCAAGUCUGCUCCGGAUGCUUCUCUGUUGGAGAUGAAGUAUGCAAACGUGGGCGGGAGUCCCUUGACAGUCAGGUUCCACAUAAGAAACACCUUCUACAACGUCUCUGCCCGGCACUGGUUUAACCUCUACUUAGUGCAGCUGAUUGUGGGCGGGCGCCCCCCCGUGAACUUCACCGCCACCCAGAUCACGGCGCCCAGCAAUUAUUCGUUCAGCUGCACCCGCGUAAGCAGCUACCCGGCUUCUUCAGAGGCCCUCCUGGUACCCAGCGGCGGCAGCCAGCAGUGGAAGGUGCUGAUGACAGAGUUCCAG